AUCUUUCUUCCCCGCCCGGCCAUUGUUCGUGCCGCGCUUCUACCAACGCCGGGCCGGUAACCCCCUCUCCCUCCUUGCGCGUUCCGGGUCUCGCAGGCACCUCCAAGGUUUGUCUUGAAGCAUAGCUCCAGCUGGAGGGUACCUUUUAAGCUGUUCAAGGUCAAGAUGAAUACAAACUCAAAGGAGGUUUUAUCCCUGGGUGUUCAAGUUCCCGAGUCAUGGGAAGAACUUCUGACAAUGAAAGUGGAAGCAAAAAGUCACCUUCAAAGGCAGGAAUCUAGACUGAAACGCAAUAAUCCACUGGCGAGGGAAAUCUUCCGAAGGCACUUUCGACAGCUGUGCUACCAAGAGACCCCUGGACCAAGGGAGGCUCUUACCCGACUCCAGGAACUUUGCUACCAGUGGUUGAGGCCGCAUGUGAGCACAAAGGAGCAGAUUUUGGAUCUGCUGGUGCUGGAGCAGUUUCUAUCCAUUCUGCCCAAGGAGCUCCAGGGCUGGGUGAGGGAACACUGUCCGGAGAGUGGAGAAGAGGCUGUGAUUUUGCUGGAGGAUCUGGAGAGAGAGCUCGAUGAACCACAACGUGAGAUGGUGGCCCACAGGCAAAGACAAGAAAUCCUCUGUAAAGAGAUGGUGCCUCUAGCAGAGCAGACACCACUGAGCCUUCAGUCCCAGCCUAAGGAGCCACAGCUCACAUGUGACUCUGCUCAGAAGUGCCAUUCUAUUGAAGAGACAGAUGAACUAACCAAGACUGAGGACAGAGAGUUGGUGCUAAGGAAAGACUGUCCUAAGAUAGUGGAACCACAUGGGAAAAUGUUUAAUGAGCAGACCUGGGAGGUAUCACAGCAGGAUCCCCCACAUGAAGAAGUUGGUGAACAUAAGGAUAGGAUAGAGAGGCAGUGGGGAAACCUCUUAGGAGAGGGGCAACACAAAUGUGAUGAAUGUGGGAAGAGCUUUACUCAGAGCUCAGGUCUCAUUCGACAUCAAAGAAUUCAUACUGGAGAAAGACCUUAUGAAUGUAAUGAAUGUGGGAAAGCCUUCAGUCGAAGUUCUGGUCUUUUUAAUCACCGAGGAAUCCACAAUAUACAGAAACGGUACCACUGUAAGGAGUGUGGGAAGGCCUUCAGUCAGAGUGCGGGUCUUAUCCAGCAUCAGAGAAUCCACAAAGGAGAAAAGCCGUAUCAGUGCAGCCAGUGCAGUAAGAGCUACAGUCGGCGUUCAUUUCUCAUUGAACAUCAGAGAAGCCACACAGGGGAGCGACCUCACCAGUGCAUUGAAUGUGGGAAAAGCUUUAAUCGACACUGCAACCUCAUUCGCCAUCAGAAGAUCCACACAGUGGCUGAGCUGGUCUAGGGCUUGCUAUGAGCAGGUUUUCCAGAUCACCAGCCAAGUCGUGUGGGGUAGGUUGAGACUAGAAAAUGCCUGUCUCUUCAUUUCUCCAUGAAGUGUGUUUGAAACAAAUACUGACUUAUGGCCCAGGGACUUCCUUAAAGGAAAGUUGGGUGUUUGAAGCUACUGUUUUCUCUUUUGUUCGUUUUACCUCUUUCUUAUUCUUACUAGCUGUGUCCCUCUUAUUUAUUAUUUAUUUAUUUUUUUGAGAUGGCUGCUAAACCCUUCUAAUAAUAUAAUAAAUGACACUGCCACAGCCAACAUGCCUGAAA